AUGGCAUCGAUCAAGUCGAACGAAAAGGUCAUUGAAGGGGAGGAUCUCGAGUCCCAGAGGCCAGAAGAUGGCAUUGUGGAAAACUUCAUAACGCCGCAUUCUCUCACGACCAUUCUUAGAAGGCUUGCCAUGGCUGGCGUGGAGAUGAGAGGUCUUGAUCCUAUCCCGGUGGAGAAGCGAACUCAUACUAAGUACUACAACAUUUUUACGUUGUUUGGUGGUUCCUUUCUUUCCCUUCUUCCCCUGAGCAUCGGUGUCACCCCGACCUUGGCUUUCGGUCUAUCAUUCAAAGAUGCUGCUGCCAUGAUUUUCACUAUGCAAUUUAUCUUUGUUCUGCCGACACUCUAUAUUUUGACCUUGGCACCUCAGCUGGGCAUGAGACAGUCAGUCCAGUUUCGUUACGCAUUCGGAAAAUAUCCCAAUAUUUUAAUCAGUCUCAUCGUCAUUCUCGAGGUUCUGAUAUUUGGAAUUUUGGCUACGGUCGCCGGAGCCGAAUGUCUCGCAGCCGUCAGACCUGGUACUUUGCCAAUCGAGGGCGCAAUUGGCAUCAUCCUUGCCGUUGCUUUCUGUAUAGGCUUUAUUGGAUACAAAGCCCUUCAUUUCAUCUGCCAGUAUAUCUGGAUCCCUAGCGGUAUCUCGAUAUUAAUACUGGUCGGCUGUGCCGGUAGCAAACUAUCAACCCAAACACCAGCUACUUCCUUUGGGGCCGGGCCGUAUUUGGCGACCAUCUCAAUCUGUGCAGCCAACAUGGCAACCUGGGGCACGAUCGUUGGAGACUAUGCAUGCUAUAUGCCACCGCAAGCCCCACGGCUUCGCCUCGCUCUGUACUGCUUAGCGGGAUUGUACGUGCCUUUCUCACUGAUGAUGGUCCUAGGCGCAGCAGUUGGCGGUGCGAUACCUUCCAUUCCUUCGUGGACUUCAGCAUAUGCUUCAGGUGGCCUGGGAGGUGUACUCGGAGAAAUCCUGAUCUCUCGUCUUGGCGGGUUUGGCAGGUUCAUUCUCAUUAUUCUGGGCAUGUCUAUUGUCACCACAUCGGCGCGUGAUAUGUACAGCAUGUCUCUCUUCACUGUUGCUGUUGUUCCCUGGUUAGGUAGGGUUCCACGAGUGUUUAUUUUGUGUGGAGCGGCUGCUGUCAUGGUUGGUGUUGCAAUUGCAGCGUCGCGCUCGUUCCUUUCCACCCUCAGCACCUUGGUAAGCAUUGCAGGCUACAUGACAGGGCCGACAGUCUGUGUUUUUCUGAUUGAGUGGUUAUAUUUCCGUAAGGCAGACCCGUCGAAGUUGGACCCUGCCAUCUGGAAUGACGCUGCUGCUCUUCCUUCGGGAAUUCCAGCAAUAAUCUCUAGCCUGGUGCCGUGGGCUCUCAUCGUCACAUCCAUGUCCACUAGCUGGUACCCAAGGACGGCAAGUCGCCGAGUUGAGGAAUCUGCGCAUAUCUCGACUGCUGGGAGUCGGGGAUCUCCUGCAGCGUUGGAACGGCUUCAUUCGGCUGAUGUGGUGGAAAGCUCUCGCACAGAAAUCACUGAAUCUCCGGAGAGCGAUCGGAGAGACAGCCAUACUCGAUAUGUGAGCCCAUCUCUGACAGAGUUAGCAGUUCAGCAGGAUAGUGCUACCAUGCCCGGGAGAGUCGUGUACAUGGGCGACUCAGCCAACUUCAAGUACGUCCUACAUGAAGUUGGAGAUCCUUUCCAAACCAGUCAGCAACACCGCUUUUGGGGCGACAAUCUACAGAAAUCUAUGCUGGAAAGGUUAGACCAGUCUACCCAGUCGACAAUUCAGAAGAUACGAGAAGAUGAUCAGAAGCACCUACAAACGACCGGUGUCUUCCAAACGCCCAGCAAGCAAAUUGGCGAAGCGCUUAUUGAUAGCUUCUGGAAAUAUUCUUACCCAGUCUUUCCGCUUUUUGACUGGGCGCCAUUCUAUGCAGAAUAUAGCGCAGGAUCUAUAUCUCCUUUACUCUUGAACGCCGUUUUCAUGGUUGCAGUCUUCCAUUGCCCAGAGUCUAUUUUACAUGAUGCGGGGUUUCCUUCUAGAUACCUGGCCAGUCUCACAUUCUACCGGAGAGCAAAAGCACUCUACGACAGCGACAGCGAGUCCGAUGGUGUGAUCAUAAUCCAGACCACUAUUCUCAUGUCUAACUGGUGGGGUGGCCCGAUGGAGCAGAAGGACACAUGGUAUUGGCUCGGCAUCGCAGCAAGUUUGGCUCAAUCUUUGGGCAUGCACCGAUCGAAGUCAUACGAUGUUCUUCCCGAGGCGAGUAGAAAGGUGUGGAGGAGAAUCUGGUGGGUACUGUAUAUCAACGAUAUUCACCAUGCAGCUGUCUACGGUCGACCACCUCAUAUUCAUCCGAAAUUCUGCAACAUUGAAGUUCUCGGCGAAGAAGAUUUUGCUGGUUGCUCCUCAUUAAAUUCAGUUUCCUCGGAGUACGGUGUUUCGCAGGAAAGUAAAUCGUAUCUAAUUCACCUCGUUGACCUCAUUUCCAAAGUUGGCGACUGUCUCGUGACCAAGCUUGCAUCAACAGAUGGCAAUGAAAUAGCGGACAGGACAUCAUACAACAAACUGCUUCAAUGGGAACGAACCCUCUCCGAUAGGUUCAGGGCCACGCCAGCCCAGAUCUCUUUAGAGAGAGGGUUUUGGCCCGCGCUGAUUCAAGUACUCUACUGCGAGUAUCAAAUAGUAUUCUAUCGCUUGCUUUCCACGAAUCCAGUCACCGUGGGGCUUGAGUCUCCUAUUUUCCAAGCAGCUGGAAAAAUCACCCGUCUGCUCGAGGAUUUGCUUAUUUCUGGAACGCUAUACAACGCCCCUUUUACAAUUCUACCCGCAAUUUUUGCGUCUUCCUUGGUCUGUAUCAUGAACAUACGCAAAGGAGUCCCUAAUAUCCGGGUAGUAUCCGAGCAUCGUGCACACCUGGCGAUGCAGAUUCUCCACAGAUUUCAGGACACUUGGCCAAUAGCAAUCUGGACGCGCCAUCUUCUCGACUGUCUUCUGAAGAUACCUUCUACUGAUCAAGCUCAAGUCGAUUCUACCUCCGAAGAGCAUGACAGACGCGUUCUCUCCACAUUUCCCGACCCAAACCAGUCCAAUCAAGAGGCCUAUUGGCAAGAUAAUACACGUUUACCACUCCACAUUACCGAUAUGGGCGUUAUGACGGGAUUAUCUCCUCCACAAAGCACUAGUGAAGGAAACGUGUUUCACUAUGAGGGGUCAGGCGAUAGCCGAACACCGGGAUUUCCGAUAGUUUUUCCCUUCACCAAUCUAUUUGAGGAUGUUGGCUUUAGCCCUGAUGCGUAUACUGGAUCUAUGCUGUGA